UGCCGGGGAGGAAUCCAAGUUGACUGUUUACAGAAGAGCUCUUUUCAUGUGGUUUUAUGUGCCUCCAACUGCCCAUGGGUGGGUCACAUUUGAGUCUUUUUUGGAUGGUGAUGCUGUACUGAGGGACUAGGAGGCAGAGCAAAAGGGAGCUCUGUUCUGCACAGAGGAAAUGGGCGUUCUCCUUGCAAAGUCUGGAUGAAGUGACUGAAAAAAUAAAGGGGGUGUGGCAAUGCUGGAAAGGAGAGGACCACCAAGUGGGGCACAAUGUUGUUAGAGUGGUGAAGCUGCUCCUAAGCUGUUCGUGAGAUCUGAUUCAGAGCAACAGGCAUUACCCGGGGGAACUCAAAAUGGCCUACCUGCUCAUGUUUGUGACCCUGCUGCAUCUCAUCAAUCUGGCAAUGCUGUUCAUUGCAACCAUGGAGAAGUCCUGGUGGGAGUGGGAUGGCAUGGAGAACUCAGACCUAUGGUACAACUGUAGGUUUGACAACGUCACAGAAGCCUGGUUCUGUGCAUCCUCCAAAGAAUCUGAGUGGCUUCAGGCAGUGCAGGUCCUGAUGGUUCUCUCGGUGGUCUUCUCCACGAUCUCCUUCUUGGUGUUCCUGGGUCAACUGUUCACCAUGUCUAAGGGUGGACUCUUCUACUUCACCGGGCUGUGUCAGGUCUUUGCAGGGCUGACCGCUUUUUCUGCAGUUCUCAUCUACACAUUGCACAAUAAGGAAAUCCUUCAGGACUCCAGAGAACUGACUGCGGGACACUUCGGCUACUGCUUCAUCCUGGCCUGGGUGUGUGUACCCUUGUUGCUGUUUAGUGGGGUCAUAUACAUCCACUUGCGCAAGAAAGAGUGACCAAGAAAAGGAAAACAAUGUCAAUAACACUAUUGGAAAAAGAUAAUUAAAUUUGCUUAACUUCUUGUUAAUCAGAAAAACAAAUUUUGCAGGAGUCACAGAGUCACAGUUGCCUAUGUUAUGAUUUUUGCUCAGGCUUCAGUUAAUGUGUUUAUGUGUUUGGAAAUAACCAAGAAAAAUAACGGGUUAUCUCUUUAGCAAACAUUGACUCAAUAGCAAUAUUAUUUACAAUGCUCGGCUUCUGUUUUAAGACAUGUGUACUAUAUGAGGUUUUUGUUGUUCACUGUUGACCAAGGAAGGUAAAUUCCAAAGCAGCGUUAUGUAUUUUCUUUUAGUGCUGUAGGCCUUCUUGGGCAUUUGAACUGCUUUAAAUUUUCCCUAUAGAGCAGACUGGAAAUAUAUAUAUUUUUGUACAUGAAGCUGAUAUGUGGAAUAUAUUCAAUAGCUGCUUUGCGAGUUACAUUGUUGUUACUAAAUGUAACCAUAAAUUAUAAUAAAGUGCACAAUAAAUACCA